CGCGCCGCUCUAGGCUCCCGCCUGCUCCUCUCUAUGGUGACGCCGGCCUCUCUUGCUGGCUCGCCGUCCCCUCGGUGCCAGCGCCCUGACAAGCCGGAAGUGAGUGGACGCGCGCUGAAGGAGUGUGGCCAGGGUGAUCAGCUUGAGACCCAGAUAGAGCAGCACAGGGGAGUUCCCCCGGAUUCAGAAUGAUGGACCCGUGCUCCGUCGGAGUCCAGCUCCGUACCACAAACGAGUGCCACAAGACCUACUACACGCGCCACACGGGCUUCAAGACAUUGCAGGAGCUGUCCUCAAAUGACAUGCUGCUGCUUCAGCUCCGGACUGGGAUGACGUUGUCCGGGAACAACACAAUCUGCUUCCAUCACGUCAAAAUUUACAUCGACAGGUUCGAGGAUUUGCAGAAGUCCUGUUGUGACCCAUUCAACAUCCAUAAGAAGCUGGCCAAAAAAAACCUGCACGUCAUUGACUUGGAUGAUGCCACUUUUCUGAGUGCAAAAUUCGGAAGGCAGCUGGUGCCUGGUUGGAAGCUUUGUCCAAAGUGUACACAGAUCAUCAAUGGAAGUGUAGACGUGGAUUCUGAGGACCGCCAGCGGAAGAAGCCAGAGUCUGAUGGAAGAGCUGCUAAGGCUUUGCGGUCUCUCCAGUUUGCAAACCCAGGAAAGCAAACCGAAUUUGCUGCGGAAACUGGUAAAAGGGAAAAGAGAAGGCUCACGAAAAACGCACCUGCUGGUUCAGACAGGCAGGUCAUUCCCGCCAAGAGCAAGGUGUACGACAGCCAGGGGCUGCUCAUCUUCAGCGGCAUGGACCUCUGCGACUGCCUGGACGAGGACUGCCUGGGCUGCUUCUAUGCCUGCCCGGCCUGCGGCUCCACCAAGUGCGGGGCCGAGUGCCGCUGUGACCGCAAGUGGCUCUAUGAGCAGAUAGAGAUCGAGGGGGGAGAGAUAAUCCAUAAUAAGCACGCCGGGUGACUCAUGUGGCCGAGCUGUGGACCUUCCUGAAAUUCUGCUCUUCCUCCAGCCCCGCAGAACUCGGAGACUCCUGUGAAAGGCUGAGAAGGAGAGAGCUGACCUCGGGGAAAUGCAGCCCUAGUCUUCCCCCAAGCGCCCCAAGCACAGACCUCUGCACUGAGUCUGCAGUGCACAAUCCUCUGGAAAGCAUUUGAAUUUUGAAAGCAUGGCUGUCUCAUCUGUACUUUGGUCUGCCAGAUGGUGCUGUAGGUGGUUCGCUCUCUUUGUAACAAACAACAGUUCUGUCCUUGGAAAAGCCGUGGGUGCCCUGCAGACUCAGCCUCUCUGUGGAUCCCUGAUGAGGCACCGUGGGACGGAGAGUGUACUUGCUCCCACCCCAGAAGUCAUGGAUGGGUCACAGGAAGGCGCAUGAGGGUCUCCCUGCAUCACAGUCACCCCGCUUAGGAACACCUGAGAAUCCCUGUGUAAACCCGUGACACCCCAGUGUUUGCUGACAUCUGCUGGUGUCUUUGUGAAAAUAAACUAUGACUGCUA